CAGUUGCACCAAUAUCAUCUUGAUAUCGAGACGUUCUGGUAGACUACAAGUAAUUUAUCUACCAAUGGGGCCAUGGAAGAAAUUGUUUGGAAUUGCUGGGGUCAUGAUGACCAUUUGCUGGUUCAUUGUCCCCACUGACACUACUGGUACUUCCUCUGGCCAAGUUGAAUGUCUGGCGGGGACAGGAAAAGCACCAACAUCAGUUGUCCUUCUGCCUGCUAACACAACCACUGUCAUAGCAUCAAUGGCCAAGCGAUCCAGGAUAGCCAAAUACUGCUUCAAUCUCAGCUCAGCUAGUCAAACAGGAUCUUCACAGAAACAAAAUCCAAUUCAGAUGUGCGCCAACGUGUCGGGUGGCAAUGUGGCGUUCGCCAACUUGUCUCUAAACACCUCGUAUUGCGUAUCAGCAUUUGUGGUCACGCGCGAGAAUCAAACUAGCAACUAUUCUAGCCCAGUUUGCAUGCUCACUCCACCUGCUGAAGAGUGGGCUGAAUGCAAGACCACUACAAGGCUGGAAAUGGGUGUCUUUCUGGGUGGGAAGUCCUAUGCUGAUGCAAUGACUGCGUGCGCGACAGUUGGUGGAACUCUGGCUCAGCUCCACAAGAAUGAAACAAUAAAAUGUGCAAAGUCUGCCGUACGGGAAUGGGCUAAGCGCUAUAUUUCCGCAAGACCCACCAAAGCGCCCUUUAGAAGUACGCUGUGGAACUCGAACUGCAGGUUCUGGAUUGGACAAAACUCAACCGCCACUGCUUUCACACCAUCUACUCUUGGCCACUGCCCGUAUAUCCAAUACAACAGCAGCAAUCCAAGUUCUUACACUAAUAUUACAUGUGGCGAUUACCUCAGCUACAUUUGCCAGAGGCCAAUGAACGAUCCAACGUCAGCAGCCCGGGGUACCAUCACUACCAUGCCCAGCACUACGAAUCCCGUUCCUAGUACACCAGCUACCAAACCAUCCACGGGAACGAGAGCAACGGAUACAACGACGACAGUCCAGCAAACCGUGUCCAGUACUACGAGCAGCAUGCCAAGUGAAACGUCCGUCAAACCAUCCACGGAAACAGGAGCAACCAGUAAGGUAUCUGCUGCAAAUGGAUGCUCUACGUUGUCCCCACGGAGUUCCGAUGCAACACCUACAGCAAGCACAGUGCCGAAAACAGAAGAAACCGCGUCUGUAAGUAACCCAAACGUGAUGAAUGCAACAGGAACACUAAACAACGUGACAACUGGAACUGUAGGAAGUAGUUCGCACACCUCGACACCAAUGGCGAGCCGUACAUCAACAAGCCCAACAACAUCUCCACGGCCAUUUCCCUCCAUAUAUAAAUCUAGCAGUAACGCAGAUCGCACGAGCGUUCCAAGGUCCGAUGUCACCAUGUCCCCUCUCAUGAACAACACGGGUAACACGGGUCAAGCUUUCAAGUCAACAUCCAAUGUCAUGGAUUGGAUUUUAGGCGGCAGCUGUAUUGCAUUACUCAUUGUGUUGGUGGCUGUCGGGUGCGUUCUCUGGAAAAGGCACAAGGCAAAGGGACAGUACCCGCUAGAAGCUGAAGGUAACUUAGUGCUGGAGAACAUUCGUCAACAGGAUGCGCUACACGACCCAGUGCAGUGCUGA